AUGGAGACAAACGGUGUCGUUUCAAUUGGUGUUGAAGAUGAAGAGGUUCAUGUUCUGGCCGUUGAUGAUAGUUUAGUUGAUCGGAAAGUUAUUGAACGGUUGCUCAAAAUUUCAGCUUGUAAAGUUACUGCCGUCGAUAGUGGAAUCAGAGCACUACAAUUUCUGGGAUUAGAUGAAUCUGAUGGUUUUGUCCCGGGUUUGAAGGUGGAUCUAGUCAUUACAGAUUAUUGCAUGCCUGGAAUGACUGGUUAUGAGUUGCUUAAGAAAAUCAAGGAAUCGUCCACUUUCAGAGAAAUUCCUGUAGUUAUUAUGUCUUCUGAAAAUAUUUUGCCACGCAUAGACAGAUGUUUGGAGGAAGGUGCAGAGGAUUUUAUAGUGAAGCCAGUGAAAUUAUCUGACGUAAAACGUUUGAAAGGUUACAUGACAACAAGAGAUGUUAAAGGGGAAAUCGAAAACAGAGAAAUUAACGUUAAAGUUAACGGUGACGUUGAAGGUAACGAUGGAGUGGUAAUCAACAACAAAAGGAAACUAGAGGAAGCAUCUGAUGAGUUUUCAUCAGAACCGUCCAUUUCAUCAUCAUCGGUGUCACCUUCAUCGUCUCCUUUGUCUUCUUCACCCGAUGUGCUUGAUUCUCCGAUCCGACGGCUUAAAAUGACCGACACCGAAUGA